AUCGAUUUCUGCGUCUAUCGUACUUUGUACGUCUCUAUCGAAAUUUUAAUUAAACGUGAAGAAAAAUUGGAAUUGAAGUGAAAUUGACAAAGUGCCGUAAAUGGAAUCGAGAAUCCACUGAAUUCGGCGUCCUCGUGAUGCGCAGCAAAUGCGGACGUGUAAAACGCAACGCGUGUGAAGUGCAGGCGACCCGUAGCAAAGCAAAUAACAGCAGCAGGGCAAAGCAGGCGUGAAGAAAGCGACGCAUGAAGAAAAAUGAAUACAGAUACGAAAACAAAAGGCCAGCCGCGUAGAUAAAUUAGCAAGCAUUAAUUAAUUGCCGAAUAGACACCGAAUAGAACACGGGCAGAUUCAGGAUUACAGCCAAGAGUUGUAGAAGAGGGGCACUGAGUGAGCUGGGAGCGCGCUGGGUGCUGGAGCAUGAGAGACAGCCAUGCCUUCGGCACGACCUGGUAGUCUCAAGGAUCCGGAAAUAGCCGAUCUGUUCAACAAGCAUGACCCGGAGAAGAUUUUCGAGGAUCUGCGCGAGAUCGGCCAUGGGUCGUUCGGUGCGGUCUACUAUGCCCGCUGCAAUCUCACCAAGGAGAUCGUGGCCAUCAAGAAGAUGUCGUAUACCGGGAAGCAGAGCCAGGAGAAGUGGCAGGAUAUACUCAAAGAGAUACGCUUCCUUCGGCAAUUGAAUCACCCGAACACCAUCGAAUACAAGGGCUGCUAUUUGCGGGAAUCAACCGCCUGGUUGGUGAUGGAAUAUUGCGUCGGCUCCGCCUCGGACAUUAUCGAGGUUCACAAGAAGCCGUUGCAUGAGGACGAGAUCGCCGCCAUCUGCCUGGGCGUGCUCAGUGGCCUAAGUUAUUUGCAUUCGCUGGGCCGCAUCCACCGCGACAUCAAAGCGGGCAACAUUCUGCUCACGGACAACGGUGUCGUCAAGCUGGCCGACUUCGGUAGCGCCGCCAUCAAGUGUCCAGCCAAUAGCUUCGUCGGUACGCCCUACUGGAUGGCUCCCGAAGUGAUCCUGGCCAUGGACGAGGGCCAAUAUGACGGCAAGGUGGACGUUUGGUCGCUGGGCAUCACCUGCAUCGAGCUGGCCGAGCGCAAGCCGCCCUACUUCAAUAUGAACGCCAUGUCAGCGCUCUACCACAUUGCGCAGAACGAGUCGCCCACACUUCCGAAGAACGACUGGUCGGACGCGUUUUGCAGUUUCGUCGAACUGUGCCUCAAGAAGAUGCCCGCGGAGCGUCCCUCAUCGGCCAAGCUGCUGACCCACGCCUACGUGACGCGGCCGCGCUCCGACACGGUACUGUUGGAGCUGAUUGCUCGCACCAAGUCGGCGGUGCGUGAACUGGACAACCUCAACUACCGAAAGAUGAAGAAGAUACUCAUGGUGGACACCUGCGAGACGGAGAGUGCCGUGGGCGAUGCCGACGAUCAGCAGGACGACCACGCUGGCGGUGACAGCAGCAAGAGUAAUAGUAUUACUUCGGAACACUCCAUACACUCGGUGGGUGUAUCGGCGGCCAGUAGUCAGAGCUCCUCAUCCAAUUCCAUACCGGCUGCGGCCCAGAAUCAUCACCAUAUCGCAGCGCAUCACCAUCAGCAGGCAGCGGCCGCCGCUGUGGCAGUGGCCAUGCACCACCACCAUCACCACCCGCAUCCGCAGCCUAGUUGGCCCAGUGGUCAGCAGCAGCAGCAGCAGGCGGGUCCCCCUGGCGCCGUUUCCCGCAACUCGUCGCGCCACCGUAACCGGCCUCCGCUGCCCAAUAUCAUGCACAGCAUGAAUAACAACGUGACGCCGACGAACUCGGCCUCGGUGGUACCGGCUCCAGCGCCUGCUCCAGUACCGGCACCUCCACUCACCGUAAUGCCGCACCUGGGCGCGAUGGGUCACGGUGUCGGGGCCUCUGGUACCAGUGGCAGUGGUGGCGGCGGGGGUGGCUCCCCGGCAUCUGGCGGACCUCUGCCAGAUCGAAUGCAGCCCAUCCAGCCGAGAUACCUAACGACGCCCGCCGCACAGGCGGCUGUAUACGCGGCCAGCUCCGCCUCCUCGCAACAGGCCAUCUCCAAUGCCGUCAACGAUCACGGGCCGAACAACUUUGCCACCAUACGCACCACGAGCAUCGUGACCAAGCAGCAGAAGGAGCACAUGCAGGAGGAGAUGCACGAGCAAAUGUCGGGAUAUAAGCGAAUGCGGCGCGAACAUCAAGCACACCUGGUCAAGCUGGAGGAGAAGUGCAAGGUGGACAUGGAGGCGCACAAGGCGGCGCUGGACAAGGAGUAUGAUACGUUGCUGCAUAACUUUACACGGGAACUAGAGCGGCUCGAGAACAAACACCUGCAGGAUGUGGAGCGGUGGUUAAAGCAGACGAGCGCCGCCGAGAAGAAGCUACACAAAGAGAUUACGUUGAAGCAGGAAUGCGACCGCAAGGCGUACGACCUCAACCGGAAGAAGGAGUACAAGGCGAACAAGGAGCGCUGGAAGCGCGAGCUAUCCAUGGACGACCAGACGCCAAAGCGGCAGCGCGACCUCACCCUGCAGUCGCAGAAGGACAACCUAAAGCAGCACGAAGCGCAGGAGGAGCAGCGCAUGCUGCAGGCCCAGAAGCAGUAUAUCGAGCUGGAGAUGCGCAAGUUUAAGCGCAAGCGCAUGAUAAUGCAGCACGAGCACGAGGACAUACAGCUCCGCGAUGAGCUUGGAAAGAAGGAGCAGCAGCUGCAGCAGGCCCACGCGAUGCUUGUAAAACACCACGAAAAGACACAGGAGCUGGAAUACCGCCAGCAGAAGAGCGUGCACCAGUUACGCGAGGAGCAGAUAAACAAGCAACACGACACAGAGUUGCACAAUCAAAAAGACUACAUGGAACGCAUCAAGAAGGAGCUGGUGCGGAAGCAUGCGGUCGAGCUAAGGCAACAGCCCAAGAGCCUCAAGCAAAAGGAGCUCCUGAUACGCAAGCAGUUCCGGGAGACCUGCAAGACACAGACGAAGCAAUACAAACGCUAUAAGGCGCAAGUGCUGCAAACGACGCCAAAGGAGCAGCAAAAAGAGGUGAUCAAGCAGCUCAAGGAGGAGAAGCAUCGCAAGCUGACGCUGCUGGGCGAACAGUACGAGCAGAGUAUUUCCGACAUGUUCCAAAGCCAGAGCUACAAACUGGACGAGAGCCAAGUGAUCGAGUGCCAACGUACCCACGAGCAGCUGGAAUACGAGCUGGAGAUGCUCACCGCCUAUCAGAACAAGAACAAGAAGCAGGCGCAGGAGCAGCGGGAUCGAGAGCGCCGCGAGCUCGAGAACCGCGUAAGCGUGCGACGGGGUUUGCUUGAGAACAAGAUGGAUGCCGAGCUUCAGCAAUUCAAUCAGGAACGAGCCGAGCGCUUGCGCAUGAAACACGAAAAGCAUACUAAAGAGUUGGAGGCAUUCGAUAACGAAUCAAAUUCCCUAGGUUUCAGCACUUCAUCGCUUAGUGAGGUAUCCCGUGAAGCCUAUCCAGAUGAGGAGGGGAGCCUGUCAGGUUCCAUGAAUAGUUUACCCCAUAGCAAUAGUUCAACGAGUUUUCCGGCUGGUUCGCUAUAG